AUGAAGCGUAUUUGCUCUCAUGAAGUGCUCCAAGAUGCCAGCAAAAGUUUGAUCAGAGAGGAAGAAGAUCUGCACAGAGAACGAGAACUCUCGUAUUCAUCAGCAGCAAUGGCUCGUGGAUUUCUUCUCAUCUGUACGACUCUAGCAAUUUCCUUGGGUAGAGAGGAAAGAUCUGCACAAAGCUCUCUGUUUUCAUCAGCAGCAAUGUCUAGUGGAUUGCUUCUGUUCUUCUGGUUGAUCUUCUCUUUUCAUCUAAUCUCUUUGUCAACUUCAUCAGAAGAUACAAGCUUUGUUUUCAACGGCUUUGUACAAGCAGAUCUUUCUCUUGAUGCGUCUGCUACAUUGCUUCCCAAUGGAUUAGUGCAGCUUGCCAAAGAUUCUCACCAUGAAAUGGGUCAAGCUUUCAUCAAGAAGCCAAUAGUGUUCAGCUCCUCUAAACCACUCUCCUUCUCAACGCACUUCGUUUGCGCUUUAGUGCCUAAGCCUGGAUUCAAAGGCGGUCACGGCAUCACCUUUGUGAUAUCUCCUUCCGUGGACUUCACGCGGGCGCAACCAACUGUGUACUUGGGGAUCUUCAACGCCUCAACGAAUGGAUCUGCCUCUUCUCACCUGUUUGCUGUUGAGCUCGACACUGUUAAAAACUCAGACUUCCGUGAGACGAACAACAAUCACGUUGGCAUUGAUGUGAACAGUCCCAUCUCAGUCGAAUCAGCAGCAGCUUCUUACUUUUCCGAGACAGAGAAGAAGGAUGUGAGCAUUAACCUCUCAAGCGGUGAUCCUAUACAGGUCUGGAUUGAUUACGAAUGCACUGUACUCAAUGUCUCUGUGGCUCCUCUUGAAGCUGAGAAGCCAAGUCGGUCUCUUUUGUCACGACCCAUCAAUCUCUCUGAAGUGUUUCCGAUUAGAAGAUUGUUCGCUGGAUUCUCUGCGUCAACAGGGACACAGGUCAGCUACCAUUAUCUUCUUGGAUGGAGUUUUAGCACAAGCAGUGAGUUAUUACAGCUACUUGACAUCUCAAAACUUCCUCAAGUUCCUCGUCCUAAAGUUGAGCAUAAGAAACCAUAUGCUCUCAUUAUCGCACCUGUCGCUGCACUUGUUAUCAUAGUGAUAGCUGUUCUCGCAGGAGUUUAUUACCACAGGAAGAAGAAGUACGCUGAAGUAAGUGAGCCAUGGGAAAAGGAAUAUGGUACACACCGCUUCUCGUACAAAUCUUUAUACAUAGCAACAAAAGGGUUCCACAAGGAUAGGUUUCUCGGAAGAGGAGGCUUUGGAGUAGUGUACAGAGGAGAUCUCCCUGAGUGCAAACCUAUAGCUGUGAAGAGAGUGUCUCAUGAUGGUGAAGAAGGUAUGAAGCAAUUUGUAGCUGAAGUCGUGAGCAUGAGAAGUCUUAAACACAGGAACCUCGUUCCACUUCUUGGGUAUUGCAGGAGAAAAGGAGAGCUUUUACUUGUCUCCGAGUACAUGCCUAACGGUAGUCUUGACCAGCACUUGUUUGAUGGCCAAAGUCCGGUUCUCUCUUGGUCGCAAAGACUUGUGAUUCUCAAAGGUAUAGCUUCUGCUCUGUUUUAUCUCCACACGGGAGCUGAGCAAGUUGUUCUUCACCGAGAUAUCAAAGCUUCAAACGUUAUGUUAGACGCUGAGUUAAACGGUAGGUUAGGUGAUUUCGGUAUGGCGAGGUUUCAUGACCAUGGAGGCAACGCGGCAACAACAGCAGCGGUCGGGACUGUAGGUUACAUGGCACCUGAGCUAAUAACAAUGGGAGCUUCCACUGUAACUGACGUUUACGCCUUCGGCGUUUUCUUGCUUGAAGUAGCCUGCGGGAGGAAACCUGUGGAACCAGGGAUGCAAGUUGAGAAACGGUUUGUGAUCAAAUGGGUUUGUGAGUGCUGGAAGAAAGAUGCUUUGCUUGAUGCUAAAGAUUCGAGAUUUGGAGGAGAGUUCUUACAAGAGGAAGUCGAGUUGGUUUUGAAACUCGGGUUGCUUUGUACAAACAUCGUGCCGGAAUCAAGACCAACGAUGGAACAAGUGGUUCUUUACUUAAACGAGAACCUGCCAUUGCCUGAUUUCUCGCCGUAUACACUUGGGAUCGGCUCGUUUACUCCUGUAGUGGUCGAUGCAGCUUCGGUUACAGUCUCGUGGACUUCGAGAAACUGGUCAGCUCCUUCAGUCUCUUCUUCAUCAGCCAACAACUCAAAGGAUCAAGAGAAACCAUUGGAAUCUAAGAACUCUCUAAACGUAGUUGCGGAAUCAGAUGACAUCGAGUCUCGUCUCUCUAAUGCCAAAUAGUGGCAGGUAAUAAAAGUUUUUGCGUACCAUUGCAUGUGAUAGAUCUCAUUUCAAUUGUGUCUAUUUUUGUUUUGGUUAACAUCGAAUCGGUUUGAUUUACCCGGCUAAUACAUUUGGGCUUCCAUGAAUUAGUAGUAACGAUGAUUUCUUUAAAACAAUUGGGCCGAAUCACGGGACUCUUCUGGGUAACAGUUACUAGCCCAUUAGCCCGAAUUUGAAGUAAUAAAAUAAUUACAGUAAACGACAUUUUAAUCGAAAUCCGUACGCGUGAUCUGCACGCGCGUCAACGCACUCUCAACACAAAGCGACUUUGAAGUGCUUCUUCGCUCACGCCUCCGUCCCGGAAUCUCGCUGUCUUCGUUCUUUCCGGCGACCGAUUUCUACCUUGCAGCUCCGAGUCAUGGAAGAUUGUGGAUUGAUCAGGAAACAUAUGGAUUCCCCGAACCAGCUGUACUCCAAGGAUUUGAGAUUCGUAUGGGUGGGAAUAGCAUGAAACGUUUCUGCCAAAAGGAAAGUACUUUAGCUUGAUUUUGUUUGCUUACGUUGACCCUGGAAUAAACCAUAGUAGACCAUAAAAUGUUUUCAGCAGUAUUUAAUGUACAUGAUGGAUUAGAUUAUGCAAUAAUUAUGGUUUCUUUGAUUAUAUAAUCAUGUAGUCAAAUUUCUGAUGCUUUAUUGGGAAUAUAUUUGCGUUGGCUGGGCUACAGUUCCUUAGGAGAAAAAUGUUAGUUAAUGUGCAAGACUUGGUAUUGUUGAAAAAAGUUUAGUUUGACUUCUUCUCCUAAAGUUAUUGAGUAGACUUUGUUUAGCAAGCUUUAAAGAUCGAUUCUUACUGCAGAGAAAAGUUCUAUCCAUUAAUUUCAGACCCUCUCUUUCAAUUGUAAUGACUUGUAGACUUCAUCUGGUUUUGAUCUUCUCUUGCGUUCAUCUGAUUUCCUUGUCAGGUCAACAAGUAACCGGGUUUGUCUACAAUGGCUUCAAUCAAACAUAUCUUUUUAUCGAUGGUUUCGCCAAGAUCCUACCUGGUGGGCUUUUGCAGCUGACAAAUGCUACACAGCGGAAAACGGGUCAUGCUUUCUACAAGCAGCCAUUUGAUUUUGGUCCAUCUUCUUCAUCACUCUCGUUCUAUACGCAUUUUGUCUGUGCGCUUGUGCCUCCUAAGUUAGGAGCUGAUGGUGGUCAUGGGAUUGCCUUCGUUGUUUCUCCUUCCAUGAAUCUCUCUCAUGGGAUUGCAACUCAGUACUUGGGCGUCUUCAACAGCUCAACAAAUGGGACUUCCGCUUCUUCUCAUCUGCUAGCUAUUGAACUCGAUACUGUUAGUACAAUAGAGUUUGGUGAGUUUGACAAGCCUCAUGUUGGGAUUGAUGUGAACAACCCGAUAUCUGUUGAAUCUGCCCUCCCUUCUUACUUUUCCAACGCCUCAGGGAAGAAUGAAAGCAUAAAUCUCCUGAGUGGGCAGUCUAUCCAGGUAUGGGUGGAUUACGAUGGAUUCUUGCUAAAUGUUUCGCUGGCCCCUAUAGAAAUCCAGAAACCAGACCGGCCUCUUAUGUCAAGGGCCAUCAAUCUUUCAGAUGUUUUUCAAGAUACAAUGUUUGUUGGGUUCGCUGGAGCAACGGGGCAACUGACUAGUAACCAGUAUAUACUUGGGUGGAGUUUUAGUAGGAGCAAAGAAUCAUUACAGGGCUUGGACCUUUCUAAUCUCCCUCAGGCUCCUCUUCCUAAAGAUGAACCAGAGAAACUAUUACCACUGCUUAUUGGUUUGGUCGUCUUAUUGGUGGUCCUUGUACUGGUGGUUCUCGGAGGGGUUUAUUGGUACAGGAGAAACAAGUACGCAGAAGUAAGAGAAUCAUGGGAAAUAGAAUACGGUCCACACAGAUUUUCCUACAAGUCUUUGUACAAAGCAACAAAUGGAUUUGCCAGAGAAAGUCUUGUUGGAAGAGGUGGGUUUGGAGAAGUCUACAAAGGAACUCUCCCCCUGAGCAGACAUAUAGCUGUGAAAAGACUGUCCCACGAUGCAGAGCAAGGAAUGAGACAGUUUAUCGCAGAAGUUGUAACUAUGAGAAGUUUACAGCACCGAAACUUGGUUCCUCUUCUCGGGUAUUGCAGGAGAAGAGGUGAGUUGCUUCUGGUCUCUGAGUACAUGCCUAAUGGUAGUCUUGACCAAUACUUGUUUCAUGACCAAAAUCCUUCUCCUUCAUGGUUGCAAAGGAUCUCUAUUCUUAAGCAUAUUGCCUCGGCUCUCAGUUACUUACAUACAGGAGCCACACAAGUUGUUUUGCACCGGGAUAUAAAAGCUUCUAACGUCAUGUUAGAUGGUGAAUUCAACGGAAGGUUAGGAGAUUUUGGUAUGGCCGAGUUUCAUGACCCCAGAGGCAUCUUAUCUGCAACAGCCGCUGUGGGAACUAUAGGUUACAUGGCACCUGAGAUAAUAACAACGGGAACUUCUACAGAAACCGAUGUGUAUGCCUUUGGUGUUUUCCUUCUUGAAGUAACUUGUGGAAGACGACCUGUGGAACUCGAGCGUCCAGUGGAAAAGCAAUAUCUGGUCAAGUGGGUUUGUGAAUGCUGGAAAAGAGGUUCUUUACUUGAGACCAGAGAUCCAAGAUUGGGAAGAGGAUUCUCACCUGGAGAAGUCGAGAUGGUUCUGAAACUUGGCUUGCUCUGCACAAAUGCUAUGCCAGAAUCAAGGCCUGCCAUAGGACAAGUGGUGCAAUACCUAAGCCUGGACUUACCCUUACCGGAUUUUUCUCCGUAUACUCCAGGUAUUGGAGCUUUUAUGCCGGUGUCAAUGGUAGCAUCAUCUGCAAUUGGUUUUCCUAGUUCAAGGAACUCAUCAAUACAUAUGUUUGUUUCUCACACGAUCCUUGAAGGCCAUGGAAGAUGAAAUCUAAGAAACUGUGUCUUCUCUGCAUCUAACGUUUCCAGCUACUUAAAGAAUCAACUGUUGUUGGUUUAGAUUGAGUCUGAUCUUGUCUUGUGCAUAGUGUCUUAAAUGCGAAAGGUACUGUCUUAUUAAUUUCCUUUGACCGUAAGUGGCCAAGAGAAUUUAUAACUUUUGUAACUGUUUUCUUGUGUUGACAUUACAUGAGAAGUAGAAAAGGUGAACUCUGUUUUUUUUUUCUUUUCUGAAUUUUCCUAUUAUGCAUAUCAUUGGAGCAA